AUGUAUACAUGUUUCAUAACAAUAAUCACAUUGUUUGUUGUGAUAUAUCAAUUGAUAAUCGGAUGUUCUGACAAGAAAAAGAGUCCAAAAAUUGCGGCGCCAAUUGCUUCACCAGCUACAAAACCUUCACGAGCUGCAAAAACUUCACGAGCCACAAAACCUUCACGAGCUGCAAAACCUUCACGAUCUGCAAAACCUUCACGAGCUGCAAUACCGUCACCACCCACUGAAUCUUCGAAAUCAAUAUCAAUAACGAAAGUGAAAGUGAAAUCUAAAAAAGAAAUGCAAGAAGAAACGCCUCCAACUCUUUCUGAUGAUUCAUCUAAAAAAGUUGAACCUUAUAAGAUUCCAUACGAUACACUUAUUCCUUGGCUUGUUUUCACAAUGCGAGAUGUAAGUCUUUGGAAAAUACAUUCAAAUUUCAUUGCUCAUGUUAGAACUGAAAAAUUGAUCUACAGAUUUUCUUGGGAAUCGAAUGAUUGCUCAUCUUAUUGUUAGAACUAGAAAAGUUUUUGAUAAGAUUUGAAAAUGUUAAGACUACAGUAAUCUCACUCGAUUUAGUCGAUGUCCAAUUGUAACCCUGGACCCGCUCCAUUUUUUGUUAAACCACAAUCUUAUUUAGGGAGUUGCUAACCAACUGACACUUUAUGAUAACAAGCCGGAUUAUGUGAAAAGAAGAAGAUGGUUUUUGGCAUUCGACAAACAUCCAGAAUUGAAUCGAUAUAAAGAACCAAAAUGCUAUGAUUUCACAAAAGUCAAAUUUUUUUUGAGUGAAAAUAAAAAACAAUAUAUCAAUGCAUCGCAUGUAACAUCUGUUUGUGAAAGAAGAAAUUAUCAAUGGAAUAUUCUGACACAAGGCCCUCUUUUGAAUACAAUUCCUCAUUUUUGGGAAAUGGUUUGUAAUUCAGAUGUCGAAUUUAUUAUAAUGUUAUGCUCGUUCACUGAGAAAGGAGUCGAACAAAGUGCACGGUAUUUUCCGGAAAAAGAAGGAGAUGUUGAAAAAUAUGGAGAAUUUGAAGUGAAAUAUUUGAAAAAAGAGGAUGAUCCAGUGAAAAAUGUGAUUUGGACAAAAUUGGAAGUAAAGAAUUCGGACUUCUAUGCAAGAACUGUGAAUCAUAUUCAGGUGACUUGGUGGCCGGAUAAAACAGCACCAGAAGAUCCAAAACCGACUAUCGAACUGUAUAAAUGGUUAGAAAAAACACGUGAUUUAACACGUAAAAUGGUUGUUCAUUGUGAUAGUGGAGUUGGAAGAUCUGCGUGUUUUUUGGGCAUUGAUGUUUUGCUCAAAUAUCCAAUGACUUCUGAAAACUCGAACACUAGAAUUAAUGAGGCGAUUCGCGUUAGCCGAAAUGGUGCGAUCGAUUCACCACUUUUGCAAAUGUUUCUUCUCGCUUGUCUCAUUGAAUACUGCUAUCAAGAGAAAAAGUUUGGACCCGAGUUGGAAGCUUCGUAUAAGGGAUUUAUGGAGGAAUAUAAAAAUUAUAGCAAAAAAAUGAACGAAGCUGCGAACUUGAAAACACAAUCAGAGCCUCCAAAGAAAAUUUGA